GCAAUCGCAUGCGGCAGCCACCACUUUUUGACUACUCAAUACGCAGUGUUCAAUGAAGGGGGCAAGUCCCACAUACAAAGAAGAAUGUACCCAAUGUCCAAGUUUCUCUUUUUAUUUUGGUUGUGGAGUAAGACGAGUCCAUUGUUACUCGAGUUGAGUCGAUUUCUUUGGGCAGGCGGACUGGCGGAGGCUAGCCGGAAUAGCCACGCAACACAAUGGCCAGCAGAGACACCGUGAAAAGGGCGAAGCAGCUGGUGGAGACAUCAAUGAAAGGGAACGAUGCCUCGCAUGUGUGGAGGGUCAGAGACCUUGCCCUCUCCCUCGCCCGAGAGGAACACCUCUCCUCCAACCCCGACUCCAUGGAAAUUGUGGAGCUACCUGCACUUCUUCACGAUAUAGGUGAUUACAAAUACUUGAGGGAUCCAUCUGAGGAGAAGCUGGUUGAGAAUUUUCUCGAGGAAGAGGGCAUAGCUGAGAGCAAAAUGAUGAAGAUAUUAAGCAUAAUAAAGGGAAUGGGUUUUAAAGACAACUAGCAGGAGUGGGAAACCAGGAAUUUCCCCCUGAAUUUGGGGUUGUGCAGGAUGCUGAUCGUCUCGAUGCAAUCAGUGCCAUAGGAAUUGCUCGCUGCUUUACUUUCGGUGGGAACAGAAACAGAGUACUCCACGAUCCUGCCAUCCGACCACGAUCUGACUUAUCCAAGGAACAAUACAUGAAGAAAGAGAAGCGGACGACUGU